AUGUCUGAGCCAGUCUGAGCCCACUUCUGAGCCAGUAAUAACUAGCCCGAGGCUGAGGCGGAGCCAAAGCUGAGCUGAUCUGAGCGCUCCCUUGCGCUCGGACCGCCUUCCGUGAUCGGCGCGCCUGCCAGUCCUCGUCCUCGACUCGGCAAAGCGGAGGCGUGCAGCUUGUGUCCUUCCUCUCCCACCUCGUUCACCGUCAGCUCGGCUUUUCGCUCUAACCCCCGCCCCUCACCUCACCUCCCUCCCCCACAAGUGAGUUCACCAUCUGCCCAUGUUCUAAGCCUGCACUCUCACCCAACUGAACACGGUCUACGGUCGCCCCGCGCGCGUGGCAGUGUCGUCCGCGAACCGACGAAUCACCAAAGAGUACGCCGAGCUGCAAGCCGACUGGCCGCCGUACGUCGUCGCACAACCCGACGAAUCCAACCUUCUCCACUGGGUCAGUCAUCUUCUUCCAUUCAGUCUCGUAUUGUGCUUCGGCUUAGGAAACACGGUCGACGAAGGGUCGUGAGGGGCUCGUGUCCGUUCCCGUUUCGAUUUCGCUCAUUCACUGACGUAGUGCGACCCGGAUCGAAAUUCCCUGCCCUGCCUUCGCACAACACGCGACACAUACACAUCAAAUAGACGGGCACCAUCACCGGACCGCCCGACUCGGCUUACAAGGGUCAGUCAUCGACAGUGGGUUGUGUCGUAGUUACCCACUCAUCAUCACCACCUCGGUCGCUAACCCCUCAGGCGGCAAGUUCAAGAUUGACAUCACGUUCCCCAUCGAGUAUCCGUUCAAGUCGCCCAAUGUUAGUCUCAAGUUGAUCACAAGACUUUUUUCUGAGCAAGUACUGAUAUGCACUUUCCCCCCCACAGAUCAAAUUCGUGAGCGUUCAGUCCGAGAAAAGUCCGGUUGGAGGACUCACCCGGACCCGAGUCGUGUGACCCCUUUAGCGAGCGCUCGGGGAGCUGACAGCCCGUCGUGACUUUAAAUAGGCCACCCGAAUCUAUCACCCCAAUGUGACCGACGACGGAGCGCUUUGUGUCGGAGUGCUCAAGGUCAGUCCACAUCGCCCCGCACCUUCGAGCUCGGCGCGAUCGGGGCGCGCAGAAUCUGACCACCGACCCCCCAACGACGACUGGGUCAAACAGGCCGAGGCAUGGAAGCCCUCCACAAAAAUUGAUCAAGGUGAGACCGAGAAGAUCGCUCUUGGGUCUGACAUCGAUUGCAGUCGACUGAACAGCCCGUCCGUGUGAUGGAACAGUCCUUCGAGCACUCGUUCAACUGCUACAGGAACCGAAUGGUCAGCCUCAAUCGGGCUCGGAGCCGAGAAUACCGGAAUACACGUGUAGCUGAUCGUCAUACCUCCCCUGUUCACAGCCGAUGACGCCCUCGUGGCUACCAUCGCCGAGGUGAGUCGUUCGCUGCUGCUUGGGGAACGUCAGGCUCAUACGACCGCCCUUGCAACCUCUUUCUGCUCGCAGCAAUACACCAAAGACCGGCCUGCGUUCAACAAGACGGUGAGUCAUCUCUUGAUGUUCUGCAAAUGAUCCCCCGCACCCCCGACUCAUCCAAGAUCUAUCUCGCUCUCUUCAGGCGCAAGAAUGGGUCAAGAAAGUGGGUCGAAGGUCGUCAUCACAUCAUCCCUUUCAGCUCGAAAAGCUGAUCAGAGACUUCGCAUACCCUUCUACAGUAUGCAUGA